AUGGCCGGCCCGCAGUACCAGACGCCGCCCCAGCCGCCGCCCGUCUUCACGGCCACGGCCGACUCCAUCCUGGCCGAUACCAACAGGAUGUCGGAGACGACAAAGCGCGUCUACGACAAGGUGGUUGCCGACGUCCAGCCGGACAAGGGCACCUUUGCCAACGUCCUCGACCCCAUCUUGGUCGACGACAACAAGUCCUCGGCCCCCCAGAGGAUCCUGACCUUUUACCAGCACGUCUCCCCCAACGCCUCGCUGCGUGAAGCUUCCAACAAGGCCGAGGGCAUCAUGGACGAGUUCCGCAUCGAGACCAAGAUGCGCGAGGACAUCUUCAAGCUUGUCGAUGCCGUCUACGCCACCCGCGCGUCGCUCGACCUCGAGACGGAGCCCCUUCACCUCCUCACCAAGGAGCGCCAGAAGUAUAUCCGCAACGGUCUUCUCCUGCCUGCCGGGCCCCAGCGCGACCGCUUCAAGGAGAUCCAGAAGCGUCUCAGCCAGCUUUCCAUCCAGUGCCAGAAAAACCUCAACGAGGAAAACGGCGCCAUCUGGUUCUUCCCCAAAGAGCUCGAAGGCGUCCCCAAGGAUGACAUCGACGUCGACCAGCUGGAAAAGGGCACGGGCGAGAACGAGGGAAAGGUCAAACUGUCCUUCAAGUACACCCACUUGUUCCCACUGAUGAAAUAUGCCCUCCACGAGGAGACUAGGCGCAAGUACACCAUUGCCGAAGCAAACAAGUCCAACGUCAACGUGCCUCUUUUCCAGCAAAUCAUUGAGCUGCGAGACGAGGCAGCCCGGAUGCUGGGAUAUGCCGACCACGCAACCAUGCGCAUCGAGCAAAAGAUGGCCAAGACGCCCUCCAACGUCAACGAAUUCCUCGGUGACCUGCGCAACCGGCUUGCCCCCGGAGGAGUCAAGGAGGCCGAGCGCCUCCGCGAGUACAAGAAGCGUGACUGCGAGCAACGCGGCGCGCCCUUUGACGGCAACCUCUACAUGUGGGACGUCUCCUUCUACUCCAACAUGGUCAAGCAACAGGAAUACAGCGUCGACGAGAUUGAAAUCUCCCAGUACUUCCCCGUCGGGCCCACCUUUGCCGGCAUGCUCAAGAUUUUCGAGCAAAUCUUUGGCUUCGUCUUUGUCGAGCUCAAGCCCGAGGACCGCGCCAGGCUGAGCCCGACGGGCAAGGCCGAGGACAUUGCAUGGCACGAGGACGUCAUCAUCUACACCGUCUGGGACGACAAGGCAGCCGGCAGCGGCUUCUGCGGCUACCUCUACCUGGACCUCCAUCCCCGUGACAACAAGUAUAGCCACAACGCCAACUUUAACCUGGAGCCCGGCUACAUCCGAGAGGACGGCAGCAGAAACUACCCGGCCACUGCCCUCGUGUGCAACUUUAGCAAGCCGUCGGCAUCCAAGCCCGCGCUCCUCAAGCACCAGGAGGUCCUGACCCUGUUCCACGAGCUGGGCCACGGGAUCCACGACCUGGCCGCGCGGACCCGCUACAGCUACUUCCACGGCACUGCCGUCGUCGAAGACUUUGUCGAGGCGCCCUCGCAGAUGCUCGAGAACUGGUGCUGGACGCCGAGCGUGCUCCAGUCGCUCUCGCGGCGAUGGGAUACUGGCGAGCCCAUCCCCGACGCCAUGGUGGACAAGCUUGUCCGGACCAAGCGCUUCAACUCGGCGACGGCCACCCUGACGCAGCUCCUGUACGGCCUGUUUGACAUGACGGUCCACACCCCCAAGAACCACGACGACAUCAAGAAGAUGCACGUGGGCCGGCUGUGGAACCAGCUGCGACAUGACAUUUCGGGCAUCAAGGGCCCGGAAGACCAGGGCCAAGGACUUGAAUGGGGCAAUCGCUAUGCCACCAUUGGUCACUACAUUGGCGGCUACGAUGCUGGCUACUACGGCUACCUCUGGUCAGAGGUCUUCUCUGCCGACAUGUUCCACUCCUUUUUCGAGAAGGAUCCCAUGGACGGCAAGGAGGGCCGGAGGUACCGCCGGACGGUGCUCGAGCGCGGUGGCAGCAUGGACGAGAUGGAGUUUUUGAAGGAAUUCCUAGGCAGGGAGCCGAGCUCGGCCGCCUUUUACAAGGAGCUGGGCCUUUCCCAGUAG